UGUGUGCAAAACAAAAAGUCAAUAAGUGCAACCUGUGCCUUUUGGCAGCCAUUGUUUGGCUCUCUUUAAAGACUUAGGCCCUCAAAACAAAACUUACUAUACAUACAUACGCACGCACGGUUACUCAUUCAACGAUUCUUUCCUCAUUGUACAUCCCUAUAUUUCUUGUUUUGUUUACCAAUAUUCUGUUUACUAAGUGGUUCUAUUAUUUAUCAUCUCUCUCAGAAAAAAAAGAAAAAAAAAAAAAACUAAGUAUUUGGGAAUUGAUAAUUCAAGUCCUGUGUAAAUUUGGUCUCUCUUGUUUUGUUGGAAAUUUGCUGUUCUUGGAUCGGUGAGAGAAAUUCUUAGAUACCCAAUUGGUUGUGAAAAAAAGUUGUUUUUUCUGAGGUGGGGUUUUGGUGUUGGUGUUGGGAAUUGGCAGAGCAGGUAGAUGCGGAGUGGGAGAGGAAGAAGGUGAGGUGGGGCUGGAUUAUAUGGAUAGUUUGUGUUGCUUCAAUUCUGUGUCUCAGGUUGGAGGACGCUCUUCAUGUAGCUCUGGCAAGGGCAGGAGCCAUCAGGGCACAGUCAAGUAUGGCUUCAGCCUAGUUAAAGGGAAAGCAAAUCAUCCCAUGGAGGAUUACCAUGUCGCGAAGUUUGUUCACAUCCAAGGGCACGAGCUUGGACUUUUUGCCAUAUAUGAUGGGCAUUUAGGAGAUAGUGUACCUGCCUAUCUACAAAAGCAUCUGUUUCCUAAUAUCUUAAAGGAGGAUGAGUUUUGGACUGAUCCCAACAGGUCCAUUUCUAAAGCCUACGAGAGAACAGACCAGGCAAUUCUAUCACACAAUCCUGACUUGGGGCGAGGUGGAUCCACUGCAGUCACCGCAAUUCUGAUCAAUGGUCAGAAGUUAUGGAUAGCCAAUGUUGGAGAUUCACGAGCAGUUCUUUCAAGGAGGGGGGUGGCAAUACAGAUGACAAUUGAUCAUGAGCCCAACACUGAGCGUGGCAGCAUUGAGGACAGAGGUGGAUUUGUGUCAAACAUGCCAGGAGAUGUUGCUAGAGUUAAUGGCCAACUAGCAGUUUCUAGAGCUUUUGGAGACAAGAACCUCAAGACACAUUUGCGAUCGGAUCCUGAUGUACAAAAUGCUGAUGUUGAUUCAGAUACUGAGUUUCUCGUACUUGCAAGUGAUGGUCUAUGGAAGGUCAUGGCUAAUCAAGAAGUGGUUGAUAUUGCAAGAAAGACAAAAGACCCACAGAAAGCAGCCAAGCAACUUGCUGCCGAAGCAUUGAAUAGGGACAGUAAGGAUGACAUCUCCAUCAUUGUAGUCCGUUUCAUGGGGUAAACCAGAAUUAUAAAUUCUCCCUACGCUCCAGAAUUUGAAUAUCAAGAGUUUCUAGGCAUGGAUGCAAUUCUAUAGGUUAAAAUCAGUCGGAAAUCUCAUGAAGUCCUGCAUAAAUUUGGAAUUUGUUUCAAAAAAGUUAUUUAUGCCCCCCCUUCCCUACCUUUGUAAAAUUAAAAUUUCUUGCAUUUAGGUUGUGUGAUUUGAUAUUUCUUACAUUUCUUUGAUGUGUAGAUUUCAUACCAUUAUUUUUCUCUGUAAUUUGCGUUGUUACUUCAAAGCGGUGUGAAGACGUUCAUUAAUUUAUUAUAUAGAACAAUGCAUGGGAUGUAUGCAAUUGUUACAAUUGAUAAGCAAUGUAUCAUAGCCUUGAAAUGCUGCUACAAGAAUUGACUCCAUUUUAAGGAUUGGUGAGUUAAUGUUUAAUUUGAUGGCAAACUAUA